UUAUUUCCACGUAGCAGCAGACAGGUGGAGGUAUAGCUUUGUAGAAGUGUAAAAUAAGAUGACAUCCUGACCGCGCAUUAUCUGUCUGGUUAGCAUACACGAUUAAAUUCAAUUUAAAUUAAGACGCGCCCGCUCCACUGUAGUGUAAAUGAUAUGCGCAGACAGCUAUAUACUGUAAUCUGUGGAAAACGCACACCCAGCAAGACAGGGCGAUAAAAACACGUCACUGGUCCUGAGCAAGACUGCCUGUUUCCUUCGUUUUCGUGGAACAAAACAACAGUUCAUGUCGUAUAAGUUUCACACGAUAAAAAAUAGACGAUACAGGUAGUUUGCAAUGCAAUGUAUACAGCGACAACCGAAAAAAACCAAAUCGGAGGAAAAUGUUCUGCAAGAGAACAUCAGGAAAGUGGCACGCGAGAAUAGAGAGAGACUAGGGUUACAGGAUGAUGAGGAUCUGCAGUUCCUUCUGAAGGGCAGCAAGCUCCACAAAGUGAAGUCCAGCUCCUGGAAGAAGCUCCGCUUCUACAAGCUGCAGGACGACUGCGAAACCAUCUGGCACGAGUCCAAGAAGUUGCUGAGUAGCCCUGACAAGCACACCUUCUCUAUCCAGGACAUUGAGGAAGUGCGUCCAGGCCGGCAGUCUGAGGGCCUGCAGAAGAACGCCAGAGACUUGCCGGAUGGCUGCUGCUUUUCCAUCUUCUUCAAAGGCCAGAGGAAGAACCUGGAUCUGGUGGCCAGCACCGAGAAGGAGGCUAUGCAGUGGGUCACGGGCCUGAAGAAAGUGAUCAGACUGUCAGACAACCUGAACAGCAAGCAGAAGCAGGAGCACUGGAUUUACAGCUGUCUCCGCAAGGCCGACACGAACAGCGACAGCAAGAUGACAUUCAAGGAGCUCAAGCAGUUCCUGGGCGAGAUCAACAUCAAAAUAGAUGACCUUUACGCAGAGAAGCUUUUUAAUGAAUGCGACAGAUCCCAUUCCAAAAUGCUGGAAGGCCCUGAAAUCGAGGAGUUCUACAAGCGGCUGACCCACAGGAAUGAGAUCGAAGUGAUCUACUCAAAAUAUGCCGGCAGCAAGGGGAAGAUGAGUGUGGAGGAUCUGGAGAACUUCCUGAGGAUGGAGCAGCGUGAAGAUGUGGGGCCGAACGAAGCCAUCGCACUCAUUCAGAAAUACGAGCUGGAUGAAGCUGCAAAAGAAAAGAAGCUGAUGAGCAGAGAUGGCUUCCUGAUGUACCUGCAGUCAAGUGACGGGCUGGUAUUGAACCCCACACACACCCUGGUGUACCAGGACAUGAGCCAGCCUCUCAACCAUUACUUCAUCUCUUCCUCGCACAACACCUACCUGAUGGAGGACCAGCUCAAGGGACCCAGCAGCACCGAGGCCUACGUCAGGGCUCUUACAAAAGGGUGCCGCUGUGUUGAACUGGAUUGCUGGGAUGGACCCAACGGUGAACCUGUGAUCUAUCACGGGUACACCCUCACCUCCAAAAUACUCUUCAAAGACGUCAUCGAGACUGUGAAGGAGUACGCUUUCAAGAAUUCCGAGUACCCAGUGAUCCUGUCCUUGGAGACUCACUGCAGUAUGGACCAGCAGAAGGUGAUGGCCCAUCACAUGAAGACAAUCCUGGGGAGCAUGCUGCUGACCGCACCCCUGGAUGGCAAAAUGCCAACCCACUUCCCUUCCCCUGAGCAGCUGAAGGGGAAGAUCCUGGUGAAGGGGAAAAAGCUGCAGUUGCAGGAUCACAGUAUGACGAGCCCCGAGAGCCUGCAGGGGGAGGAGAAGGAGUCUGUGUCAGAGGAGGAUGAGGCUGCAGACCUGCCAGAGGUGAAGGACAAGCCAAAGAAAUCCAAACUGAAACUGGCCAGGGAGCUCUCGGACUUGGUCGUUUUCUGCAAAAGCGUUCAUUUCCCUGACUUUGAGACCGCCAGGGAGACCCAGGCUUUCUACGAGAUGUCUUCCUUCGGAGAGAGCAAGGCAUUCAAGUUAGCUGAGGAGUCGGCGAAUAGCUUUGUUAUUCACAACACCAGGCAGCUGAGCAGGACCUACCCUAGAGGCACACGGACCGACUCCUCCAAUUACAAUCCUGUAGACUUGUGGAAUGCAGGCUGUCAGAUAGUUGCCUUGAACUUCCAGACCUCUGAUAACAGCAUGGAUCUGAACCAGGGCAAGUUCCAGCAGAAUGGAUUUAGCGGCUACAUUCUCAAACCGAGGUUCAUGCGAGAUGGGCAGACGCAGUUCAACCCCACGUCCAUCACGCAAGGGGAGUGGCUGACUCCCAAGAAACUCCAUGUGAUGAUCAUAUCCGGCCAGCAGCUGCCCAAGGAGAACAAGAAUAAGAACAAUUCCGUUGUGGACCCGCUGGUCCGAAUCGAGAUCUCUGGGGUACCGUGUGACGUGUGUUCAGCGGAGACGGAACACAUUGAAGAUAAUGGGUUUAACCCGAGCUGGAACAAGAACUUCCAGUUUGAUAUCAGUGUCCCGGAGCUGGCCCUCGUCCGCUUUGUGGUGGAAGACCACGAUGUUGCUUCUCGAAAUGACUUUGUGGCGCAGUACACACUACCACUCAUGAGUUUACAGAACGGAUACCGCCACGUUCCUCUACUGACGAAGGAAGGGAACCCCAUUGCUUCCUCCUCCAUCUUCAUACACAUCAUGGUCGUCGACCAGUAGAAACAGCUUCAAACGAAAAACCUUAAAAACCAAAUCCUUUUACAAUCGAGACAUUUUUUAAUUCAUGUUGGGUUUUUUAAAAAAAAGAAAAGAUCAUAUUUUAUGUUAACCCUAGUUUUAUCUUCUGUGAUUGAACAUUUAGAAGUGUCGUCUUUAUUCUUAAUGACACAUUUAAGGAGUUUUUUAGUAUUUUAAUAGUGCUCAUAGCUGGGAUUAUCAAUGCAAUAGAAUGACUUUGGUCAGGGGUGCCGCCGCAGUGAGUUACAAUAAGGAAUACACAGGAAGCUUGCGGCUAGUGAGAUGUAGUUUGUCUUCUUCCAAAUUGUGAAUUGGAAGAGAAAAUGUCUUACACAAAUUAAUUUUGAUUGUCAGUGAUUAAUCAUUAUAGGUUCAUUCAGUUUCAUUUGAUAUUUUUAAACUGUUCAUCUUUCUUACGUUUUACUAAAAAGGGUCUAGGCAACUUCAUCAACCCAUAGAAUCAGUUUUUUGUUUUUUCUACAUUUGAAUUCUGACACUGUCAAAGUGACUCUUGUGCCUACUAGCAUUCGGUGCUUUGGCACUGAAAAAAUCCAAUGUAUAAGGAAACUGCAGCUUUUUGCUGUGUAUUUCAGAUGUGUACGACUGACUAAGAGAAUAAAUUAGGAUCUACAGUGGUAGCCAAAUCCAACUAUUCACCUGUCGCAAACAUGCUGCAACUUGGCAAUUCAGAUUGCAAACCACCAUUGAAUCAUCUGCACUUAAUUAGCAGAACAUGCAUGACAUAAAACAGCAGGGGGCGCUGUGAACUAGAAGACUAAGCUUUAAAAACGAUUGUGCAUUUUGUCAGAGCAGCUAAACUGCACAUGGUUUGGAGUUGUGCUUAAGGGCAUGAUGUUUAAACAGGCCUUUAGUGAAACAGUCGUUUGAUACAAUUUGCAAAAAGAAGUGCCGAGAAGAGCUUGAAGCCUGAAGUGCCUCAGCCGUUCGAGAGAGCGUCCCUCCUGUGUGGUACAGCACAGUCAGUGCCUUUGUUAAACUGUAGAACAACAGUGACACCUGGUGGUGAGAGUACAAUCACUAAUAGAACUGGAAGAUUUUAUAUAUAUAUAUAUAUAUAUAUAUAUAUAUAUAUAUAUAUAUAUAUAUAUAUAUAUAAGAGAUGUGCUGCAGUGUUGGAAAUAUCAGUUGCUAAUUUAAGUAUAAAUUAAAACUGAGCUUGAGAACGAACAAUGGAAGUGUCUGAAUUUGUUCGUUUCAGAGAAACCGCUUGGCUGUGUAUUGAGGUGAAACGGGUAGAAGACUAUGUGCUCCAGGUUGCCAGCCUCGGUCUCCGAACACUAUCCUCCUUUCAGACUCCUGUUUGACAGGGCGGGGUUUGGAUUUCAAAUCAAUCUGUUGUGUAUUUUCUUCCUCAUGCAUUCACAAUGUUUCCAGUAUUUUGAAAAACACUGUUCCUUGUUAUUAAAUAUCUUGACAUACAAA